AUGGCAUACGACGGCGACGAGGAGGUUCAUGGCGGAGACAAUUUGGGCAAAACAAAGAGCAAGAAACGUGACAAGAGUAGGAACAAGGAUGAGGCUCAAAUUCCAGUUAGUGAGGCUGUUACGAACGUGGAAGAUGGCGAGGGUUCCGCAUCCGGCUCUCUUGAUGUGAGAAUCGUUAGCACGGAGACUGGUUUGGCGGUUUUAGGCCAUCGUUUCAAGACCCUUGAGUCCAACGUUAGCACUCUUGAGGCGGCUGCCCUUGAAGGGCUGGAUGAAGUCAAAGCCGACUUGUCCGAGCAAAAUGAGGAGCACAAGGAGGGGCUGACCAGCUUAGAACUCAAGCUUACGGAAGCGUUAUCGGCACUACAUGAGUUUGAGUCAAAACUGUCCGCGGUGAUGUUGGGGCAGUCCGCUUUGCAGGAAGAAGUUGCUGAUUUGAAGCACCAACUGGAAGCAGCCCAUGUUCAAGGAAAUCAUGGUUCCGUGACUUACCAUGAUGUUCGUAUUGAGGCGCCUAAACCCAAUGUGUUUAAGGGUGAGAGGAAUGCUCAAGAAGUUGAAAACUUCAUAUGGCAAUUGGAGUCAUACUUUGAGCAUGUCAAAGUUGUUGACGGGGCAGCGAGGAUCCGGAUUGCAACCAUGUACUUUAGUGACGUCGCAAUGUUGUGGUGGCGUAGGAAAAAGGUAGACAUGGAGAGGGGUCUUUGCACCAUUGUUGAUUGGGAUCAGUUCAAGGAUGAAUUGAAGGAACAAUUCUACCCUCAAAAUGUUGUCGAUGAAGCCCGACGAAAAUUGAGGGAACUUAAGCAAACUUCCUCAAUCCACAACUAUGUGAGGGAGUUUACAAAACUCUCACUGCUCGUAACAAGUUUCAGCAGUGAGGACUUGCUGUUUUUCUUCUCGGAUGGCCUCCAAAAUUGGGCCAAACAAGAGUUGAGGAGACGUAAUGUCAAGACCAUGGAUGAGGCCAUUAAAGUGGCGGAAUCCUUGAGCGAUUUUCUUUCCGAUUAUGCCAAGGCGAAGGAUAAUCGGAACAAACCAACUGCUGCCAAGACGGAUCGUGGAGAUAGGGGCAAAGAUAAAUUCGUUCCCAACAAAAAUCGUGAGUUCAAAGGCGAACGCAACCAGCCUUCAUCAUUCCGCAAGAACUACGAGGAGAAGAAGAAGGUUGUAGCUAACAGCAAUAGCGGCUGCUACCUUUGUGGGGAUACGUCUCACUUUGCAAGGUCUUGCCCGUCAUUAAGCAAGCUUGGGGCGAUGAUUGCAGCAACACGGAAGGAGCAAGAUAGUGCGCAAGCCGGGGGCUUCGGGGAGAAAGAAGCGCAAGCUGCCAAUCCGGAGAAAGGAAAGGGACAUGCCGUGGGUUUGUUCAACCACAUGGCUUUGUUUAACCACAUGACGCUUGCAGCUCUUGCUGCCAAGAAGCAUAGCGUUAGACCUCGAGAGUCAUUAUUUGUUAAUGGGGAAGUGAAUGGCCGAGUAGUCCGCAUUAUGGUGGAAACCGGAGCAACGCAUAACUUUGUUACGGAGGAAAAGGCUAAAGAAAUUGGCCUUGCGUUCGUGACCAGCGAUUCAAUGUUGAAAACCGUUAAUUGUCUCCCUACCAAUGUCAAUGGCCUCUCUCCUCGGGUGAGUCUCACCUUGGGAGGUUGGAAGGGAGAAACGGAUUUUUCGGUUGUCCCGAUGGAUGUCUUUGAUAUUGUUAUGGGGCUGGAUUUUUUGUAUGAGAUUAAUGCGUUUAUUUCGCCACGUCUCAACCAGCUAGCCAUUUGUGAUGUGGGUGGUUCUUGCAUUGUUCCACUUAUUCGUGUCUCUCAAAGUGGCACACGUUUGUCGGCGAUGCAGCUUGUUAAAGGAUUCAAGAAAGGGGAACCAACCUUUCUUGCGACAUUGAUGGAGAUUGUGGGUUGCCAAGAAGCUGAAUUAUUGCCCUCAUAUGUCCAACGUGUUCUUGAAGAGAACAAAGAUGUAAUGCCGGAGGAGCUACCCAAACGGUUACCUCCACGAAGGGAAGUUAAUCACCAAAUUGAGUUGGUUCCCGGGGCAAAGCCACCAUCUAUGACCCCGUAUCGAAUGUCGCCUCCGAAGCUUGAAGAACUUAGAAAACAACUCAAGGAGUUGCUGGAAUUAGGCCACAUCCGACCAUCUAAGGCACCCUUUGGAGCUUCGGUCUUAUUUCAAAAGAAGAAGGAAGGGACGUUGAGGUUGUGUAUUGAUUACCGUGCUCUUAACAAGGUCACGGUGAAAAACAAAUAUCCCAUUCCUUUGAUUGCUGAUUUGUUUGAUCGCUUGGGGCAAGCCAAAGUGUUCACGAAGAUGGAUUUGAGGAAGGGCUAUUAG